AUGCAUCUACAUUUCGAGCCGAGUGUAAACACAAAAUGUGAUUGCACAAUUAUGUCGCUCUCAUGGAUGGGUAAAGUUCCUGAUGAUAUACCAGAGGAUGAAGAUUGGAAACUAAAUCGAACAAAUUAUUAUCAAGAAGGAUGGCUGGCCACAGGAAACAUUCGUGGUAUUGUCGGCGUGACAUUUACGACUUCACAUUGCCGCAAAAACAUGGACUUUCCGAUACGUACCAACUAUAAUCUGCGUGGACAUCGUUCGGAUGUAAUUUUGGUAAAAUGGAAUGAACCAUAUCAAAAAUUGGCGUCUUGUGAUAGCACCGGCAUUAUUUUCGUUUGGAUCAAAUAUGAAGGACGCUGGUCGAUCGAAUUGAUAAAUGAUCGUAACACGCCAGUUACAUAUUUCUCUUGGUCACACGACGGACGAAUGGCGCUCAUUUGCUAUCAAGAUGGCUUUGUAUUGGUUGGCAGCGUCGCUGGUCAACGGUAUUGGUCGUCCAUGCUUAAUCUAGAGUCGACCAUUACUUGUGGUAUUUGGACGCCAGACGAUCAACAGGUGUAUUUCGGCACCACACAGGGUCAGGUGAUCGUUAUGGACGUACAUGGUGCGAUGGUGUCACAAGUACAGCUUUGCAAUGAUGUCGGCAUAACCUCAAUGGCGUGGUCAUGUGAAAAAUUUAAAAUGGAAGAGGGUGAAGAAUCCGAGCCGGGCGUUACCAAUGCCGCUAAACGCUCUUUUGUAUUAGCUGUAAGCUUUCAAAAUGGUUUUAUAUAUUUGCUAAAGUCAUUCGAUGACGUCUCGCCGGCUCAUAUCAAUACGGGGCUUAGUGGCAGCAUAGGCAUGGUUAUGGAGUGGAGUAAUUCCCGUGAACUGCUCGCUGUCGCCGGCACCGCACAGUCCUCGUUGAAUAUGUUCGAUCAACAGGGUGCACCGCUUUAUGAGAAUUUAUUGAAAUUUUAUACCGAAUCUGGAAAUCUAUUAUACCAGAUACGCCUACCAAAUACCUCUUCGACUGUGUCGGCGCUGACGUGGGGCCACAACGACAAGCGGCUUUUCAUUGCGACUGGUACUCAAGUGCAUAUUGCAUGGGUAUCGCGACGUAUAGCAUCGCUACAGUUUUUAUGUCGCCUACAAAUACAGGCAAGCAUCGGUUCGGAACGCAUUUUGCCACUGCUACCGUUGCCGUCACGUAUUAGAAGUCUGAUUGGCAUGCUUUUUGCUCAAACAAUAAGAUGCUGUGUACCUGAUCUUAAAUCCGUACGUGAGUUCGUUUCCCGACCACCAAUGUGUUCGACACGCCUGCACUGCACCAUGAUUCGGCACGAUGAAGAUCCCAACCAAAAUACAGGCAUUUGCUAUACACUCUAUUUAGAAUAUUUGGGUGGCCUCGUGCCGUUGCUUAAGGGUAAACGCAUCUCGAAAAUACGUCCAGAAUUCGUUAUAUUCGAUCCUCAAGCCAAUGACUCACCGGUAUUUUUGCAAUACUCACCAGAGUGGAAAAGCUCAUCGGGUUCAAGUCAAUCCACCACCACCGGACAAAGUGGCAGAACUGAUUCAUCCGACAGUGAGUUUGAGGAUCGAUAUCGCAGCUCGCCGCGUCCAACGCGUCAGCGAAAAAUGCGACAAAAGAAACGCAAUCAGUGCAAUGGAGAAAAGUAUUCUGUAAACACAAAUGCUGAUCCCGAUAGCAUGGAUGAACUCGCCUACGUCGAUACGCUUCCUGAGGAAGAGAAACUGGUUGAGGUAACCUCAAAUAUUUGGGGUACCAAAUUUAAAAUUCAUGGACUUGCCAAAACCGUCCCAGCCAAUUUAGGCCAAAUAACGUACAAAACGUCCCUCCUGCAUCUGCAGCCAAGACAAAUGACACUAGUUAUAACCGAAUUACGCGACGACUUUCCCUCAGGGCCGGAUCCAAACUUUAAUCCGAAUAUUUUCUCUGAAGACGAAGACGAGGCGGCGCUACUGAAUGGCAGCAAAAGUAAUGGCAACAACUACAAUGCAAAUACAGCCGUAAAUGCGGAGGCACUGGCAAAAGCCACGUCGGCAACAGCAGCGGCACAUCGUCGUCUCAACGAAAUGUCACCACCCAUUGCACCGAUGUCACCACGUCCCAGCCACCUGUUGGCACGACAUAAAAACGCUUUAAAUAACAAUGGCUUACAAACUACGGGUUUAAGUCCUUUGGCGCGCGCAGAAUCGUACGAUGACGAUUCGUCGAAUGAGUCACAAGAUGUGAAUGGCUAUCAUAACGGUGCCAGAGCGAAUGCAACUAACAGUACAACACAUCACAAUACAAAUAACGUGCCCAAUAAUAACAAUAAAUUAACGCGUCCGAAAAACAUAACCGCCACCACACCAGGCAAGCGUAGCAGUUUAGGACCAGGCUAUAGUAGUUUCAAAAAUAACUACAGUCGUACUAGUUCAAACUCGAGCUCGCAAUCGCGCCACGCAAUAUCACCUUUAUACUGUGAUGGUUCCGUGCCAACAUUACAAUCGCCCAAAAAUGCUGUAGCACCAACAGACAUCAUCUUUGAACGGCCCGCCGUGUCGGGUAAUGGACAAACAACAGUUAUGUCUUACUCAAGCAACUCGGAUUACACCAAUAAUGUUGUGCAAGUAAAGAACGUUUUACUGCCUGAGUUAAUACGUUCAACGACAAACAGCCAUGUCAAUCCGGUGCCGUUAAAUCUAAGUUUGAACCUGGAAAGAAUGGAUGCCAGGCACAAGUCUCCCGCUUAUAAUGGUAAUUUCAACGUAAAUAAUAACACGGCUAACAAUAACAAUCCGAAACGGCGUGAUAUCUCAUAUAUAGACGAAGAAACUCAGUCACCCACUCAGCAAGCUUUGAUCACCUUUACGCCCGUCUCCACACCUGUUGAGAUACGCAUGAAACGCACAACAACGGUUGUAUCUAUUGCGCCCGCACUGCCAGAUUCGAUUACGCGAAGUUGUAGUGUUGGUUAUUUGGACUCCGAUGCUAUCACACCGUCCGACGAAGCUUUAAUGGCUUUGCGAAGAGACGCGCCCACUAAACGUUUGAUUUUAGUGGACAAGCGUAAGACAAGAAAAAAACGUCAAACAAAUGAGGACUCACGUAAACCGAAAUUGGAGAAAUCUGGAAAAUCUAAAAGUUUGGAUUCCUGUGAUUUAGUCUUUAGUCAAACGAAACAUAACAGCAAAGAGUCAGAGAGCACAUCACGAAAACUUCAUGAAAUCACCGAGGGCAAAACGAGCAAUAAUGAAAGCCCUCAAACCAGACACUGCUCGAAGUGCAAUAAAAGUAUUAGUCCCAACGAAGAAUGUAAACAUUGCCAAUCAACCAGACCCAUAAUAGAUGAACAAAAGAAAGAAGAAAAAAUACGCCUGGUGUCCACCGCCCCGAAAAAAGACUUCACCACCAACACAAUAGUCUAUGAGAAUAUAUAUAAGAGCCCAGAACAAAGAAAAAAGACUGCUACACCGCGAAAGAAAAAACUGGAUGUAAUCACCAGUUUCACCGACAGUCCACUCUUUACACGGAAACAUCGAUUUGGCAUCAGAAGUCGCAGCAAAGAGACGGGCAGUAGUAGUGAGACAAAUACCGAAAGCUCAACACCAUUAUUGGGCCGUAAAAAUGAUAAUGGAUUUAGUUUCGUAAAACAAUUAACGGAGGCACGUUGGCGACGUAAAGAGACGCAGAGUACACAGAAUAUAAAUACAGUGAAAAAUCAAAGGGAUUUUGUGGCACACCAACAGAGCGGUAGCAGUAAUGGGAAUCCCAUUGAGGCAACACCUGUUGAGGCUAAGGCUUCCGUAUCGCUGCAAGCACAGGCACUUACCACAUUAGAGAAUAUUAUCAGCCGCUUACGAGACCUCGAUGAGGGCCGACUCACACCGCCAGCAACACCUAAACGCCUACCACGUAGCUCACCAGCCUCACCGGCUGUCAGUAAAAAGAAUAAACGGCAAGGCAGUUCGCCCAUUCGUCAUUUUUUAAAUUCACCUCUACUAAAUAGGCGAUAUCGUAAAAAACAAUGUCUCAUAGAAAGUUCAGAUGAUGAAGGUAACGGUACAAAUGGGUCAGGCGAAGAAAACGGCGGUGGUAGUUAUAAUAAGCAAUAUCGUGAUUUGGAAACAUUCCAAAAGGCACAACUACUUCAGAAGCUUAAGCGUGGAAAAAUUGAACCGAAUGGUUCUUCUACCUACUCAAAUCCAGCACCGGUUAGAAGAGAAUUUGUGAUGCAUAAUAAAGCGCCAAUGUGGAAUGAGCUGAGUCAAGUCUAUCAAUUGGAUUUUGGUGGACGCGUAACGCAAGAAUCGGCGAAGAACUUCCAAAUUGAAUUCCGUGGCAAACAGGUAAUGCAAUUCGGCCGCAUCGAUGGUAAUGCAUAUACACUGGAUUUUCAGUAUCCAUUUUCGGCAUUGCAAGCUUUUGCUGUUGCUCUAGCAAAUGUCACACAACGAUUGAAAUAAGAACGUACAUAUAUUUGCAAAUGUAUGUAUGUAUGUAUAAGGAAUGAUCGUCUACCUAAAUACAGUUUAAAGAAAACAAAAGAGAAUAAUCAGUGAUUCUAAGUAUUAAGCGUAAAAAUACUCGUACUAAAGGGGCCUAAAAAAUUUAAUGUACAUACUUACUUCUAGUGAUCGUCAUACAUGAUAUGUGAAUAGUAGCUUAAACAUACUUACAGUAACUCGUAGCUGUCAAUUUACUUAUACGGAUUUAUUUAUUAUUAAUUAGUUAAGUGAAGCGGAGAUGAAUAUUAAUGAAAAGUAUGCGUAUUUAGUUAGAAUUUUUUAUUGGAAAAUGUAAGCAAUUUCGAUUUACGAACCAUCAGCAUAUUUAUUUAAAAUUAUUAAAAAGAAAUUGGCUACAAUAGCUGAGUGUUUAGCAGUGCCUGUUAUCAUUCGAAAGACCAUGGUUUUAGUCCCAGUCCAACCAACAUCCAGAAGUUAUUAGAAAAUUAGUUUCGAUAAAAAAGAAGAAUAAAGAGCUGUCUUGGUCAUGCCGAAGUUUCAUACUAUACCGUACCAUAUAAAAUUAUUGGUAUUUUCUUAUAAGAAAUAUUAGCUCUAAUAUCGGUGAUGAUUUUCGGCGACAAUAUUCUUUGUGUUGAGAAUACCCAAUUUCACGUUUUCAGUUGGUUUUCUGACGGAUUUAUUACCCAAAAUCUCAUAUCUAACUAAGUCGGUUGUAUGGGAGCCAUAUAAUAUAGUACUCCAAUUCCGAUAGAUUUCAGCACCAUUGUGUAUUUCAUUAUAUGUGUGCGAAAUACAAAAUUUAACGCACUUAGAUGCUUUCUUAAAAAAAUUUAUGACCCAAAAUCUCGGUCGCAUAAGCUAUAGUGUUCCAAGAGACUAGCUCUUCCCAUAAAUGAUCCUUUAAAUGAACCAGGGCAUUUGUAAACCAAUUUUGAUUGAUAAUUCUUUAAAAUUGAGGAUACAAACAGACGGACGACAGACAGACAUAGCUAAGUCAACUCAACUCGUCAUUCUAAUCCGAUGGGUAUAAAUUUGUAUGAGCCAA